AUGGCGGUUGACGCAGGCCACUAACUCCUUCCGUCCUUCGUUCCUCUCUCUCUCUCUCUCUGACGUACUUCUCACACAAUAAUUCUGACUCUCUCAUCAAAUUUCACAACUGCCGCCAAGCCAAUGUGGAACUCUGCCAGAAUCAAUAUUCCCAAUGUUUUCCAUAGUUUUCAUCUCCACAGAAGCCAACUCAUAAUAAAAUAACCAAAAUUUCUCCAUCCUCAUUGAAUUCUGUCGCAUUUUCACUCGCCUCCCCUGUUCCAUGAAGCUUCAACGACCUACAAUGACUUCAUAACUGAAACCUCUCUCUCUCUCUCUCUCUCGUCAUAUUUAGAAGAUCCAGGGAUUCAUCUUCGUAUUCAGAAAGCUCUGCUAGUUUGACCAAUUCAGCAUUUGGGAGUAGGGUUUGGAUUACAUAUACAACGAUAACCAAGUUCUCGUCUGACAUCUGAAAUAUUGUUUUGGGAACAGCACUAGGUAAAAUGUGAGAUCAGCUGAUGAUUGCAGAAAGUAUUCUGUUCAGUGUAAUCUGAUGUUGUCUUCAAGAGAUCUAUUGGUGGCCAAUGCAAUGUCUUCCACCAAAAGCAGGCAUCUCACUGAAAUGCAAUUUGAUAGGAACCUCAAAGGAGAUCAAGGAGAUCAUGAUGAUCUUGGUGUGGUCUAUUUUUUCCGAUGUAUAUGAACAGGAACUUUAUUUAAGAAUGAAGGCACAGAAAGAGGAGAUACUGCAACUCCGUGAAAAAAUUUCAGAGGCUUGCAUCAAGGAGCUGCAACUUCUGAAUGAGAAACAUGUAUCAGAGAGGAAAUAUUCAGAUUUGCGAAUGGCACUUGAUCAAAGGCAGAAAGAUGCUAUAACUUCUGCUUUGGCUGAACUGGCACACAGGAAAGAUGAUCUUGAAGAAAACAUAAAAUUAGCUCAUGAUCUAAAGGAUGCUGAGGAUGAGCGAUAUAUUUUUACAUCAUCUAUGCUUGGCUUAUUGGCCGAGUAUGGUAUUCGACCUCAUGCAAUAAAUGCUUCUACUAUUUGCAAUAAUGUUAAGCGUUUAUAUGAUCAACUUCAGUGGAAGAUUAUAACUUCUCAUGCUAGUAUUGUAGAAAUAGAUUCCAUGUUGGGAAACCAAAUUGCGAAUGGAUCCUCCAAUAAAGAUCACCGGCCUUUCAGUGUCUCAAAUGGUCAACCUCAAACAUCCACGGUUCCAAAUGGCCUUUACACUGAUGACACUUAUUUACGUGAAUACUAUUUGGGGCCUAGUUCUGGAAUGCCAAGAUUUGUUCAAGACCAGAAUAUGGUAGAUAUGAAAGGCACAAUGCCUGUUAAGAUGCAGCAAUUUCCUAAUAAUUACGAGGGGGAAUUAUCAUCUACUAUAAAUAAGGGGGUUGAAGAACUUACUGCACCAAUGACUGGUGCUGAAUUUCAUUUGCCAACUACAGAUGAGGAGCAUGGUUCCUCUAUCUCAGAAGGAGUUCUCUUGCCGAGCAUAGAAGAUUUUCAGAUUAUUGGUGAGGCUAAACCAGGAAAUACACUGCAAGCAUGUGGCUUUCCUGUACGUGGGACUUCUCUUUGUAUAUUUCAGUGGGUACGUCAUCUUCAAAAUGGCACCAGACAGUAUAUUGAGGGAGCCACAGUUCCAGAUUAUGUAGUCACAGCUGAUGAUGUUGACAAAAUUAUUGCUGUUGAGUGCAUACCAAUUGAUGAUAGUGGGCGUCAGGGCGAAUUGGUGAGGCUUUUUGCAAAUGAUCAGAAGAAAAUAACAUGUGAUGCAGAUAUGAAAAGGGAGAUUGACACACAUAUCUCAGUAGGCCGGGCAUCAUUUGAUGUCCUAUUUUGGAAUGAUUCUACUAAUGACUGGAAACCAUCAACAUUCAUUCUGAAACGUUCAAGCUUCCAAAUUAAGAUCAAUGGGACAGCAGAUGUGUUUAUUGAGGAGAAAUACUCUGCUGACUUAUCUAUCAUGAUUCCACCUGGGCUCUCAACACAGUUUGUUUUAACUUGUGUUCAUGGUACUUAUCCAUUUAGCACAUAUGAAGAUGUCAGAAUGCGUGAUACUCUAGUGCUGACUAUGCGAAACUUCCAAAGCAAGGCUUUAGAUGACAAGAGGAAAGGAAAAGCUUAGACCCCUUGGUUUCAAACACUGUACAAAUUUCAUGAUCAUUCUUUCUCGUCUAAAAGAAAUAAAAGACAAGAAACGAAGUAAAGAAAAGCUCUGCAUAGUGGACUUGGUUUGAAGUUGAUACAAUUAUAUUAUUUUCUCUCAAAUAGGAAGGAACUUUGUCUAGCAUACACUCCUAGGAAGUAGAAACAUUUUUGAAUACAUUUGUGAUAUCAAGCUCUUUCUUUUCAAAAAGAAAUUUUUUUGUUGG